AUAGUAGAGUGAAGCAGAAAUGAGAAAUUAAGAGAAGACAUUCCUUAAAAAGAAAGAAAAAGAGACUCCCCAACUACCUUAACUAACUACUUCUCCUCUCCGAUAGACAACCCAAUCUUUGCUUUGCUUUUACUUUCCUUAAUAAUCACAAACAUAAUCACACCAGCUAUGCCAUCCUCUCCGAAAAAGCUCGUAAACUUACGCCAUUUCCAGUCGACCAACAAUGCAAGAAUAACAGUGCUGCUGAUGAUCGCAUCCCUCUUCAUCGGCAUCUCCGGUUUCAUCUACGGCCUCACCGCUCCCUCCGCCGCCUACCGUUGCUCCUCUCCCUCCAAUGCGCACCCUCGAUCCGUCCGCGUCCGAUGGGACACCAGCCACGCUGGUUCUACUGCUGUAGAUCAUGUCGCCGCCAGUAAUAAUAGUGAUUAUAGGAGACACAAAGUGAUGGGAUUUGUUGGUAUUCAAACUGGGUUUGCCUCUUUUGGCCGCAGAAACUCUUUGAGAAAGACUUGGUUUCCCUCUGAUCCCCUUUCCCUUCAACGGUUGGAGGAAUCUACGGGUUUGGCAUUAAGAUUUGUAAUUGGUAAAACUAAUGAUAAAUCAAAGAUGGAAACACUCAAAAGUGAAGUUGCAGAAUAUGAUGAUUUCCUGCUAUUAGAUAUCGAGGAACAGUACAGUAAGCUCCCCUACAAAACGUUAGCAUUUUUUAGAGCUGCUUAUGCACUUUUUGAUGCUGAAUUUUAUGUCAAAGCUGAUGAUGACAUAUAUUUGAGACCAGAUCGCCUCUCCUUACUUUUGGCAAAAGAGCGGUCACACCCUCAAACUUACCUUGGAUGCAUGAAAAAAGGACCUGUUUUCACUGAUCCAAAGCUCAAAUGGUAUGAAGCAUUAUCUUCUUUGCUUGGAAAAGAGUACUUUCUCCAUGCUUAUGGUCCAAUCUAUGCUCUUUCUGCUGAUGUUGUUGCAGGUUUAGUUGCCCUUAGAAAUGACAGCUUCCGGAUGUUUAGCAACGAAGAUGUUACUAUUGGUGCUUGGAUGCUUGCGAUGAAUGUUAACCAUGAGAAUAAUCGAGCGCUAUGUGAACCGGAAUGUUCACCAUCAUCAAUUGCUGUGUGGGAUAUUCCCAAAUGUUCAGGGCUAUGUAAUCCAGAAACCAAAUUGCUGGAGCUCCAUCAGAAGGAUAGCUGCUCAAAUAGCCCAACAAUGGCAUCUGAUGAUUAGUCUAUAUGUGCAUUUUUCCUCAAAACAUGUCCGAUCGAAGAAACAUACACAUGAUUGCUUCAUUCUUCAAAGUUCGUUGUGCUGCCUUCAGAUACGUAAUACGUUUAAUCAUUUUCUUUUUCGGUUACUUUUUUCCACUGCUAGCCUUUUGGGUUAGUUAUUCUUUCUUGUAAUCAUAUUUUUUCCAUUCAUAUACAUUAGAUUAGAGCAUUUUACACAUUUUGUAGUUAGACUUUUGUAGAAUUUAGAAGAAAAAUGAGGAGCGAUUAACAAUUCAAACAGAGUAGCUAUAGGAUGAAUAUCAAAUUUAGUUCUUCGGCGAUUCAAUAUUUGUUACUUUGAAAUUUAGAGGUUAUAAAGAUGUGGCAUUGUAUCGAAAUUUCAUGGAGAUGCGAAUGACUAUGAAACUGUAGCUAUGAGCACUCGAAUUUUAAUUUGUUGCACGAAAAUUAUGGAAUUUUAUAGUUUGAUGGUUUGUUUCA